ACGUUUGGGUUUACCAACCACUUCGUAGUUCUUUCUUUGAGUUCUAUACACCAUUUAUGAAGGUGGUUUGAUCUGCAGCAUGGCAUCUCUCUCUGGUUUUUUUCGAUACAUAGUGCCCAUUUUGGUGGCGUUAUACGGCAUCUAUUACUGGCAAUUUGUCGCAAGUCGUAGGUACUUUACUGCCGAUGUUGAGCUGAAAGGAAAGACAGUCAUCGUAACAGGUGGCAACUCGGGCAUCGGUAAGGAGACGGCCCUGGACUUGGCCCGGCGAGGCGCCCGGGUAAUCCUCGCCUGUCGCAAUCUGCAGAAGGCCGAAGACGCCGCCAAGGACAUCAGGACGCGGACGGGCAACUCGGAGGUUGUGGUGCGCCAUCUCGAUCUCGGAAACUUGCAGUCCGUGCGGAAUUUUUCCAGCAAGAUCGUAGAAAGUGAAGAGAGGCUUGAUAUACUCAUAAACAACGCGGGGGUUGCGAAAUGGCAAACAGAUGGCGUCAUCGCAACCAAAGACAACUUCGAUUUCGUCUUCGGCAUCAACCACCUCGGCCACUUCCUGCUGACCAAUCUCCUCCUGGACCUGCUGAAGAAGAGUGCCUCCAGCCGGGUGGUCACCGUCUCGUCUCUCUUGCACAGCAACGCCCCUUCGGUACUAAACAUGACCCGGGCUGACCCAGACGUGGCUAGUUUCCUGUAUCCUCACCUGGAAUCAUAUCCGGUCAGCAAGCUGGCCAACAUUCUGUUCGCCAGCGAACUGGCGAGACGUGAGGCAUCUAGCGGCGUGAUAUCUACCUCGCUGCAUCCUGGCGUCAUCUACACUCCUAUCUGGAAAACCCACAUGUUGGUCGAGUCCAGAUUUAAAGCCGCAAUGUACUACGUGAUGUCUCCUAUCAUGUGGUUGAUGAUGAUAGACGAGGAAGCCGGUGCCCAGACCACCAUCCACUGUGCAUUAGACGACUCGGUCGCCAACUUUUCCGGAAGCUACUUCGACAACUGCCAGGUAGCACCGCCGUCAGCACUUGCUCAGGAUGACGAGCUCGCCCGGAGAUUGUGGGAAGUCAGCUGUGAAGCAACUGGCUUGGACUGCUAGAAGAUUUCCAUGACCAUAUACGCGAUCUCAUCAGUGUUUUCGAAGUCUGAUGAACUUAGGCAUAUGUCUAGAAUUUUGGUUACGGGUGGCAUAGAAGACAGUCGACACAAACUACCACUUACUGCGAAUCUUUUAGUUUAUAUUGCCAUGGAAAGGCGUAGUAUAGUUGAUGUGUGUAUACUAAUUCAAUCAAUUUAUUAGUCAGUGAAUCGGCAAUGCGUUCUAAAAAAACAUUAAUUCCAGCACCAUCCCUCAUGACUCUAUGUGACAUUAGCCUUUAUUCCACGAUUUUAUGGCUUCGUCAGUUCACUGCCUUUUUAAUGGCUGAAUACAUGACUUUACACAAACGCUGCAUAAAUACUAUUCGUCAUACUAAAUAAUUCGUCAAGCUAGCAAAUUUAUAACAAAACUAGAGACUCGCGUUUGUUGUUACAAACGCAGAGUGGUCGGGUAGACAAAUUGCCCACCUGAUGACGUCAUGAUGACAUUACUAAAUUUGUAAAGUCGUAGCAUGGCACAAAUCACACAAGCUUUUGUGAUCAUCGUCCGGAAGAAAUUUUGCUUUGUUUUGAUUUCAGGCUAAUGUCUUCAUUUUGAAUUCACCUAACUUUGACCUUCCAGUAGGCCCGGAAGUAAAGGUCAAGCGAGUUUACGUGCACGCCAAAUAAAUGUUUAGCAAUCAAUGGUCUAUCUGA